AUGUAAGACAGAUAGUAUUUAAACUUUUUCCACUGGAUUCACAAAAAAAAAAAUACUAAUAAGGUUUCCAAAAAUAAUUAGGGAGCUAUUUCUAGUUAACUUCCAGAAAUUUAAAAAAAAAAGAUAAAAAAUGAUAUGUUUAGAUACUCUUUAGAAUUUCAAGAAAUCCUUUAAGUUGAAUAAGAUGAAAGGUAUAAAUUGAUAAAAUUAGUUAGAUAUCAAUAUUUAAUAAAAAAUGGCACAAUCAAGAAAAUAUAGAAUGAAGGAAAUAUAAUAUUUUCUGAAUUGUAAUAGAUUCCAGGUAUCUGGGUCUGGUAUAGAAGAAAGAUAAGUAAGUCCGAAAAAAUUAAGUUUAGACUAUUUUGAUUUUCACAGAUACCAUUGUUGGAAGGAGAAGAAAAAUUAAAAAUAUUAACAUUUCAACACAAUAGAAUAGGUGUGAUAUAAAAUUAAGUUUCUUUACCUAAUUUAUUAUACCUAGAUUUAUAUGAUAAUUAAAUUAAGGAAAUAGAAGAGUUAAAAUAAGUUUAAAAAUUAAAAGUUUUAUUAUUACCAAAAAAAUUAAAUUAGAAAGAUUCAUAAUUUAGAUUAAUUAUAAAUAUUAGAAGUAUUAAUUACAUAACAAUAAAAUUACUAAUUUGGAUGGUUUAAAUAAGUUGAGUAAUUUAAAAAUAUUGAAUUUAGGAAAUAGUUUGAUCUAAAAAGUCGAAGGUUUGGAGAAUUUAGCUUCAUUAAUCGAAUUAAAUUUGAAAAUCAAUUAAAUAGAACUUAUUGAUCAGAUCUAAGGUAUAAAAUUUCUUGAACUCUCCUUAGAAAAUAAUCCAAUAUCUUCAACUUUGGAUGGCAAAUCUAUUUAUUCAAUUAAAUAAGAUAUUCUAUUGUUAGAAUUUCCAAGAACACCUAUUCUACAUUAGCAUUUAAUAGACAUCUAAAAAAUUACCAUUUAGAAUAACCCUAUUAAUAGUUGUUCCUUAUGUUUUCAUUUCUUGUAUAUAGAAUUCCUACUUUAGUUCAAAUAAACAGCAAAGAUGUAAGAAAUGAAGAUAGAUAAAAAGUAUUCAUUAUUUUCAUUUAAAAAGUUAAAUUGCUUAUCUCGAAUUCGAUAAAGCUCUAAUCAUACAGGAAAAAAAAUUGAAUAUUGAUAACACAAGAUAAUUUAAGAGUUAUAAAAAAAAUUAACUAUAUUUUAAAAUAUUUCAGAAAGCUGAAUGA